AUGUUAGUUCUUUUUACUAAUAUUAUUUUUUGCGUAACUGCUGGUGCUUUUGCCCAGUCAAUAACAUCGACUUCAUCUCAUUCUGCAUCUUCGUCUUCUUCUCAUGCUAAUUCAUACGGUUCCAAUAAAGUUCCUGGAUCUCAAAAUUUAAUGAACGGGCCUUGUCCUAACAUUGUUGCGCCUCGAUAUGAGUUAAAUUCCUUCAGCGGCAGGUGGUUUGAACUCGAACGUAGUAUAAAUAUGUAUGAUUCGAUGAAUGAAGUAGAGUGGACAGAAACAAACACUAAUUCUACAAUACUUAUCUUCAGUGCCGCUUCAGUUCUUGCAAAUGAAACUUCUACAACAUUGGCAGAAGCGGUUCCAACUGAAAAAGGAUUGAUGAUCACUUAUCUUUUGCCAAUUUUGGGUAGAAUGUCUUACGAGCGCAAGUUCAUUGGUACUGACUUUGAUACCUAUCUGAUAGAUUGGAGCUGUGAGAACGUGGGUAAUAACCAACGCAUCGAAAGGACCUAUGUGUUUUCACGUUAUCCAAGAUUGACUCGUGCUAUUGAAGAAGCAAAACGAAGGACAUUCCGUCAAUAUAAUCAUAAUCUCACAUUACCAAAAAUGAUGCAUCGUGAUUUUACAAAUUGUACCGCAGCAUUUAAAACCUUCAUUUACUUAGGAACUAUUAUAGAUUAUUAA